AUGUCACGACUGCAUCAACUGAAGGUACAAGGUAUCCGCUCCUUUGACAACAAUGGCGCCGGGCAGUACAUCAGAUUUGAGACUCCAUUGACUCUCAUCGUCGGUCAGAAUGGCUCCGGCAAAACGACCAUCAUCGAAUGCCUCAAAUAUGCCUUUACUGGAAUGCAACCUCCAAAUACCAAAGGCGGCGCCUUUGUGCAUGACCCUAAGCUGAACAGCGAAACUGCGGUCAAGGCGGCGGUAGCAGCCUCCUUCAAGUCGGCCGAUGGCUCUGUUAUAACUGUCACUCGACGAUUGGAGCUGAAAGUGGGAAAAUCCAGGCGUGAAUUUCAAACCUUGGAAGCGACGCUCUCUGUGAGUAGGCGGGGUGAAAAGACUUCCAUGUCUUCCCGGGUGGCCAACCUGGACGUCAUCCUUCCGCAGUACCUCGGUGUGUCCACUGCGGUUAUUGACAACGUCAUCUUCUGCCAUCAAGACGAAAGCUUCUGGCCCCUCAGUGAGCCAGGCACUCUGAAGAAGAAGUUCGAUGAGAUCUUCGAGGCACAGAAAUACACAAAGGCUAUUGCCAAUAUAAAAGAUAUCCAGAAGAAGCAAAAGAUUGAACUGGACAAGUACAAGCUCCUGGAGGCCCGGGCCAAGAGCGACAAAGACAGAGCAAUCGAAACCAAAAAGCAAAAGGACAAGCUCGCAGGAGACAUUGAUGGCCUGCGAAAAGAGAGUGAGGAUUUGGAGAGACGCAUUUCGCAUGCUCGAAAGAUGGCGGACGAGACAUGGAGGAAGGGGGAGGACUACGCAAAGAUUCUCGGGGCGCUUGAAGGGAAACGCAUCGAGGCUCGAGGCAAACAGUCUACCAUUAACGACCUUGAGAGGCAUCUGGAAGAGGUCGGUGAGACUGAUGAGUGGCUAGAAACCACUCUAGAACAGUUCGAUGCUCGACAGGAAGAACUACAGGACGAGGUGCGUAAGAAGAAGGGGGAUUACCUUGAGCGAGAAGAUCAGUUGAAAGCCCUCAGCAAACAACGGGAGGGGAAAGUGAGACUAAAGGGCAAAUAUGAAGAAGAACAGGACGCACACGAGAGACAACUCGCACGACGGAAAGAAAUGGUCAGAGAAGUCGCUGCGAAACAUCAAAUCCGUGAGUACGAGUAUCUUGACGAUGAAAGUCAAGUGGACGAUUUCUUGCUCAAGAUCAGAAAGAUCUCGAGGCAGCAGAAGGAUACCCUUGAUCGCGAGAAACAUAAACAUACCGCACAGCGACGAGAGGCUCAAUCGCACGUGAAUAAGUUGAUUGAGCGCAAGUCUGCACUCCGGGACCAGAGAGCUAGCGCAAGGAAGCAGAUGGACUCGAACGACCAAGAAGCUGGAGAGUUCCAGCGCAAAGUCGACCAGAUUGCUUUCGACGAGGGGAGCAAAGCUGUGGCCGAGUCAAGGUUCGAGGACCUCGCUAAGGAGCUCCAGAGGGCUCGUGAGGCUGCAGAAGCGGCUGCCUGGGACGACAAGCUUCAGAAGGCACACGCAGAGCUCCGACAAUCUGAGGAAGUCAGCUCGAGGUUGAGCGCCGAGUUGGUCCAGUCGACAAAGAAGGCAGCGGAAUUGGCAAGAUUGUCACAUCUCAAGCAAGAGUUGAAAGAGCGACAGAAGCGCCUGGAAACUCUGAUGGCUGCUCACCGGGAUAACAUUUCCACCCUUCUUGGUAGUGAUCAACAAUGGGAUGCUCACACAGUCGAAGAGGUCCAUCGGGAGGUUCUGAGAGGUGCGGCAAAUGAGGCUCAAGUUGCGGAGCGCAAGAGAGACGGGAUAAGCCGGGAUCUGGAACAGCUGCAGUUCAAGCAGAAUACUGUCCGUAAAGAUCUCUCCCGCAAGAAGGCUGAAGCGAGCAAGUGUGAUAGCCAAAUCCGCGCUGUGGUCGAACAAGGUCCCGAAGCAUACGACGAGGCACUCGAACAGGCCCAGAAAAGUGUGGAUGAAGCCAGAAUCGACAGUUCUGGAUACAGUGGACUUCACGACUAUUUCCAGAGUGUCUUGGUGGCAGCAGGUCAUGAGCACAAGCCAGCUUGCAGGACGUGCAUGCGGGCUUUUGCGCCUAACAGCGAAGCCUUGGCCAAAUUUCAACAACGCAUCCGAAACUACAUCUCGGAUACGGAACAGAAGGCCAUGCAGUUCGAUCCCUCUGCAGCCGAAGCCGAGUACAAGCGGGUGCUUGAUCUGGCGGUAGUCCGUGACACCUGGAGGAAGCUUGUUGAAUCUGAAAUCCCGGCAGCCGAGAAAGAACUGCAGGACCUCGAUUCAGAGCGACAGUCUUUGCUCUCGAAGCUGGAGUAUCAUGACAAGGCAGUCCUACAGAGCCAGCGAGUCAAGCGAGAUCUUGAGUCAAUAAGCCAGACGGUCGCUUCCAUCGGUCAAUGCAAUGGGGAACUCGGCAAUCUAGAUCGCCAGGUCGAGGAGCUUACUGCCAAAAAGAGCCAGCCAAUGGCCGGGCGAACCUUGGAAGAGAUCCAAGAAGAACUCAAUACCACUGCUCAAAAUAUUCGAGGCACGCAAAACGUCAUCGAUUGGUUGAGAAACGAGCAAGAACAAUCUCGAACAAACAUCUCCAGCAUGGAGCUCGAAUUACGCGAUCUCAAGAGCAAGCUGGACAACAUUGGGUUCCAACUCGAGAAGAAGGCUUCUCUGGCUGCCCGGGUGAAAGAAUUCCGUGCUAUGAACGAAAAGCAGAAAGAUAUCAUGGAAGCUCUCACCAAGGAGAUAGAGGAAUUAGACCCUCAGAUCUCGACGGCUCAGGCCAAGUACGACGACAUUGACCGGCGUGCCGCCACCCAGGAACGAGAAUUAUCAGAAGAGCUGUCCCGACUAAGCGACAGCAUCAACAACCUUGACAUUCUCAACGACCAGAUCCAAUCCUACCUUGAUCGUGACUGUCCGAAUCAGCUGGCACGGGUCGAUCGAGAACUGAAGGAUCUGGAGGGUGAGUUUGAUAGUCUUCAGACCGAGCAGAAACGACUCACAAGCGAGAUCAACAAGAUUAACGACCGAAUCAAGGACGGAGAGACUACCCGCAGACGCUACUCUGACAAUCUUCGGCAUCGGCAAGAGACGCGAGCUCUUGCUCGUCUUCAGGCGGAGAUUGAAGAGCUCGAGAGUCACAACGCCGAGGUCGAUCGUGAUCGAUUCCAACAGGAGUCGCAGAAAUAUAGCAUGGAGUACAACAAACUCACUGCGCAGCAGGCAGGGGUGAUGGGCUCGAUGAAGACAAUGGACGUCCAGCUCAAGGGAAUCUUAGUCGAGUAUAAUCAAAACCAGAGAGACGCACCGCAGCGGUACAAAGAAGCACACAUCAAGGUCGAGACAACCAAGGCGGCCGUGGAGGACCUGGGACGGUAUGGAGGAGCCUUGGACAAGGCGAUCAUGAAAUACCAUGGCCUCAAGAUGGACGAGAUCAAUGCCAUCAUCGAGGAGCUCUGGCGCAAGACGUAUCGGGGGACGGAUGUCGACACGAUCAUGAUCAAAGCGGAGAACGAGCAGGCGCGAAGCAAUCGGUCUUACAACUACCGUGUCGUCAUGGUCAAGCGGGGGGCGGAAAUGGACAUGCGAGGUCGCUGCAGCGCCGGCCAGAAGGUCCUGGCCAGCAUCAUUAUUCGAUUGGCAUUGGCGGAGUGUUUCAGCUCCAGUUGUGGAUUGAUUGCGCUGGACGAGCCGACCACCAACCUUGAUCGCGAGAACAUCGAAAGUUUGGCGCAGUCGCUGAAGGAGAUCAUUGAAUACCGACAACAACAGAAGAACUUCCAGCUGAUUGUGAUCACCCAUGACGAAGACUUCUUGCGGCAGAUGGAAUGUUCCAAAUUCACAGGCAAUUAUUAUCGGGUGUCGAGAGAUGCGGCGCAGAACUCGGUCAUUGAGCGACAGAGCAUCGCAGAAGUCUUGUAA